AUGGGGUUGUCGAUGUUUCUGCUGUACGCGAUGACGGUGCUCGGCGUGGCGGCGAGCGGCGACAAGUGCGCCGACGAGUGCUCGUGCAAGUGGAAGGGCGGCAAGCAAACGGUGGAAUGCAUAAAUCGCUCCCUGACCAGCAUACCGGAAUGGAUCGAUCCGGCGACCCAGGUGCUGGACACGAGCCGCAACAACAUCCGUCACCUGCCUAGCAAGAUCUUCGUACGCGUGCGGCUGACGAAUCUGCAGCGUCUCUAUCUGCGUGAGUGCCGUAUCGACCAGAUCGACAGCGAGGCACUGGCCGGUCUGACGAAUCUUGUGGAGCUCGAUCUCAGCGGCAAUUUGCUGACCACGGUCCCGAGCUCGAGCUUCACCAACACGCCGUUUCUGCGCGAGCUUCUGCUGAAUCACAAUCCACUCGAGCGGAUACGCUCGCACGCGUUCGAGAGCACGCCGAAUCUCGUUAAGCUCGAUCUGUCGCACACGCAGCUGGUGGAGAUCGAGUCCAAGGGUUUUCGCGGUCUCGAGCUCCUCGAGAGCCUGAAGCUCAACAACAAUAAGCUGACGAUACUCCAUCCGGGCACCUUCGAGCCUCUGAACAAGCUCACCAGCAUCGACCUGCACGAGAACCCGUGGAUCUGCGACUGUCACCUGCGCGAGAUGAAGAUGUGGCUGGUGAAGCAUAACCUGCCGACCCUCGUGGCGCCCGUGUGCCACGGCCCCGAGCAGCUGCUCAAUCGUGCCUUCACCGACCUCGGCAUCGACGACUUCGCCUGCCGACCGGUACUGCUGAUCCCCAAUCGCUACGCCGAGGCGACCAUCGGCGAGAACGCGAGCAUUGUGUGUCGUGUGAGCGCGAUACCGCCUGCGAAUGUCAAGUGGUACUGGAACGGUCGGUUGUUGACAAAUCACUCCUCUUUCAGCAGCUAUCAGAAAAUCAUAAUCUUCGAAGAGGGUCAGUUUCGCAAAAGAAGUACCUUGAUCCUCACCAACGCCCAGGAAGCGGACUCGAGUGAAUUUUACUGCGUCGCGGAGAAUCGCGCAGGCAGUGUCGAAGCUAACUUUACCCUGCAUGUGUCCCUGAGAACCGCUGGCAUGUCGACUCUUGGAUCGGGUCAGAUCGCUGGCAUCUCGGCCGCGCUGGUGAUCAUCCUCUUCAUUUUGCUCAUCAUUCUGGUUCUGUUUAUUCGUCUGCGAAGGAUACCGCUUAAGGACGUCAAGUCGUCGACGCCGAUGGAGCCGACGAAACACGAGGAGAUCGAAACGACGUCGUUCGCGCUCGAGUCGAAACCGCCCGCCUCGCUGCAUCUGAGCUACGUGCAGAGACCGCAGGCGGCCUUGUUGCAGGAGACCGAGUACAGCACCAUCAGCCGUUUCGACGAUCAGAAUCAGCCCGUGGUGGCGGCGAUGCCGAGCGCCGGCUGUUUCUCGUCUACGACGUCCCUGAUGCCGAUCGAGAACCCGGAUCUCAUCAGGGACACUCGUCGCGGUUCCGCCGAGGACAUCACGCCUUACGGCGUCGCCGAUUACGGCCGCGUCGAAACGAUGGACGACGCCAGCAAGAUGCUGUACACCAGUUGUUUGUGGGAGAACACCCGGGAGGCGGCCACCACGUGCGGAAGGACGACGACGUCCGCCGUUACGGUGAGCGCGUAUCCUUCGAAAGAGCAGCUCGCCGUGGUGGCGCCGGUCGUCGAGCAGUUCCCGCCUGGCGCGAAGCAGAUGCGAGUCUGGCAGAGAUCCGGCGUCCCGGUGCUGCCGCCGGUUUCGGCGCUGAAACGUGUCCUGGGUUCCACGCGCAGCUCGCCCGACGAGGGCUAUCAGGAGGGCACCGGUACCGACGUCUAGGUACCGCUGCUUCAUUACUGCGACGCCCGGCACCGUUACCUGGAGCUGCGUAGGAGGCAUCAGGAGGACGACACCGACUGCUAAAAGGAAAGAAAUUAGAAGAGUCGUCCUCGCAAGUGCCGGACGGGCGGUAGUGAAACGAGUAAGGAUCAAGGCGAUAUUUCGCCUUGACGUGGUUGACGGACGGACCUCACUUUUGUGUAUGAGUGAGACGCACGUCGGGUGUGACAAUGACCGAUGACAACGCGCCAUUAUCGGUGUGCGAGAAGAGGGACACAGACAUUAUCUGGAUAGCCGAUGGACGAGAGAGCGUAUGCCGGGGAGGCUCACGAUCGUGUUCCGCGUUAUAUACAGUGAUCGAAGGUACGGUAUUAUCUGACGGUAUUAUCCGGUAUCAUCUCUAACUAGAUACCGUCCAGGUAUCAGCAACCACGCGCGGUUACUACCCUGCUAUCAGGAAGGUAUGGUGCGAUUACACGGUGCCAUAGACGAGAGGGAGGUGGAGAAGCAACAUACACCCGCUAAAGAUUGCCAUGUAACUGUAUGAAGUACACCGCGAAUCGAAUCGGCUAGGCGUGUAUAUGGCAUUAGUCGAAAGGGUCGAUGAACGGGGAGCGUAGAUUGUUAUUAUUACAAUACAAGUGCGUCAAGUUGACUUCUGUUUUCUGAUAAGAGGCUGAUUUAUCGUCGUGUCGAUGUAUCACGUUACGAUUCGUUUUCGAAUGAAAGUCGUGAUCGCGCAUACACACGGCCUGACUUUCUUUGUGUGUGUGUGUGUGUGCGUGCGUGCGUGUAUGUGUGUGUGCGCGCGCGCGCGCGUGUGUAUGUGUUUAGGGUCAUCGCGUGCGAUUAACACGACCUUCGAGCCGCGCGCGUAGGCGACACGGCGAAAACAACAACCGA